AUGGACGGCCGUCAUAUCGGCAGGAACAACGUCGCUAAGUUGGACACACCUGUUCCUUCGGCCCGCCCUGGCGUCCGAUCCCGAACUGACGGGGACGGCAGUAUCAGUGAUGACGGAUCGCUUUCUCGGGAUGAUCAGCGCGCUUUUGCGGUUCGCCAGUGCCUAAAGCCUGUCCUGAGCCACGUGGGGAUUGUGGCGCUUCUCCUGAGCUACUGCUUCGUGGGAGCCGCUAUCUUCCAAGCGAUCGAGUCCCCCCGAGAGAUAGAGGAGCAACAUGAACUCAUAAAAUCCCGUGAUUUGGUCAUUGAGAUGCUUUGGAACAACAGUCAAACAAUGGACCAGGACAACUGGACUCAACUCGCGGUGAUGGAAAUAGGAAAGUUCGCACACUCGCUAGAUGAGGCUUUUCAUCACGGGGUUUCGCCAGGGUCCGACGAUAUGAAGUGGACUUACUACGGGUCAUUGUUCUUCGCCGCGACCGUAGUGUCAACGAUAGGUUACGGUCAUCACGCUCCGGUCACGCCGGCUGGUCGGAUCGUCUGUAUCCUGUACGCGCUGGUGGGCAUCCCGCUCUACCUGUUCUGCGUGGCGGACCUCGGGCUGCUGCUCGCCCGCGGAAUGACCAGGCUUCUCUCCCUGGUCGGGUAUCAGCUCUGGCGAUUUGAGCGAGAAAGAAGAAACCAGAAAUUCAAGGACAACAGGAGGAGUUCAUCAUCAAAGGAGAGCGUUGCAUGUGGCAACACGUCUGCGAAAAGCAACAGCACUGAGUCGACAACGUGCAGUCCAAGAGAUUCGCCGCAUCUACCGGCGACUACGUCUGAAAAUGAUGGCGCGAGUUCAUCCUCAAGGCUGGGGAAAACCUCAUCUAUUGAUAGCGAAGACAUCGCGCCUUCAGGGAAACAAUCGUCUACAAGUAGAGGCCGUCCAGAAAUAAAAAUAGAACCUGACAGUGUUGAUAAGGGUGAAGCUCUUGCGUCAAGCCACAUCUCGACUUGUCAGACAGGGGGAAAUAAACAAAAGGGUGCCGUCCUGGUGGACAAAGACAUGGAUGUCAUAUCCUUGGACGACGAUGUCGAAGACUCUGUUCCAGAACUUCUUACAGAUAUUGCUAACAGCCACUGUACAAAAGAGGAUGGCAAGAAUAAUUCCAAACUAUCUACCAUAGUCAGACUAAAUAUGGGUACACAAGGUAACGGUCUCCAUCCCAGCCUGACACACAGGGGGCGUGACCCCCGCCUCACCAUCUUCUCCGGUACUCCCACAGGCACGGAGGACUUGGAACGGGCUGAGCAGGAGAGAGUCCUCAGGCAGCACCAGCUCAUCGUGCGGAAACCUGACGUUCCCCUCUCGGUGGUGGUGCUCCUGUUUUUCCUCUACAACGUCCUCUGUGCUUUAGUUAUCAAGCAGUGGGAGGGAUGGGACUUCCUGACGGCUUUCUAUUUCUCCUUCAUCACUUUGUCCACCAUCGGCUUCGGUGAUGUAUUUCCUGAGCACCAGAAGAAUCUGCUCGGUUUCUCGGUGAUGAUUUUGGUCGGGAUGGCGGUGCUGACCAUGUGCAUAUCUCUGGCGCAGAAUCAGACUUACAGACAGGUUCAAAAGUCACUGGCGAAGGUCAAGGCCUUGACGAAGAGGACAACGAAGACAGAGAGUGAUCCGGAGCAGUCUACGUAA